CUUUCGCAGGGUUAAAUUUUACCCUCUGCUGAACAGACAGCGAGAAGGAAACGAAAUACUUUAUAUAUGCUAUCAUCAAGUAGUUAGCUAGCUGUCGUCUUCUGGUUACUUUUUGAUUACAUCUUUCUAUCCAGCCUGGACUCAUCAGAAAACAAUCACAUCACAGCGGCUGUCCUCGUCCUCCUCCUCCGUGCGGGCCGCUGGAGCCCCCUCCGGACGCGACAUUAGCUCUCUGGCUCCUAAAAAGCCUUUAAAGUUAGUUCAAGCUAGCGAACUUAAUGCUAAUGUUACAUGGUGAAUUCAUGCUAAGUUACCUACUUUGUUAAAGACAACAAGGCCUUGGUGAAACCAUGGCAGAUGAAAAUACACAGUUCUGUGGCAAUUGCCAACAUGAUAUCCCAGAAGCUAAUUUUACCACCCAUGAGAUCCAUUGUCGAAGAAACAUUGCACUGUGUGAUGUGUGCCAGGAGCCAGUGCCCCGGUCAGAUCUGCAGGAGCACAAACAACAGGAACAUACACAGAUUCCUUGCAAGUGUGGAUUGAAGAUUGAGAAGAAAAAUGUUGAAGUUCACCAGAGAUCUGAAUGUUCUCAGCGGCUGGUCCCGUGCCAAUACUGUGAACUUGAGAUAGUUUUCAGUCAAUCCAAAGAGCAUGAAGAUUACUGCGGCACUCGCACUGAGCUCUGUGCACACUGUAACUGCAAUGUCAUGUUAAGGGAACAAGCUGUACAUCCAGUCUUGUGUGGAAGCCUCACGCCACCCCAAGAGAGGAACAACAGCCGGACUAGUCGCAGUCCCGGAGAACCACAGUCUCCUGGGCCAUGGUUUGAAGCCCACUCCAUCCGAAACCUCCUGAGAGCCCAAGAGAGGGGCCCAAAGAAUAACAACAUCAGUGCAGCAGAACAACAGGCCUUUCCCCGGCCGUUUGAAUCCAGAGUUUGUAACACUUCAAGGGGACCUCAGGGCCCUGGAGACUGGAAGAAUAUUGCCCCAAGAAAUACAUUCAGCCACUUGCUGGAGCAGAGUGAUUUUCUGACCAGCAGCAGCAGCAGCAGUGCAUGGCCACAGAGUGAGUUCACGGUGGAUGAGGAUUCAUCAGGCCUGGACUACAUGUUGGCUCUCAGCCUGCAGAGUGAUGGAGAUUCAGUGGCUGGAGGUGUAGAGGGCAAUCUGUGGAGUGGUAUCUGGGAGGACAAAAUUGGGAAGACGUCCAACACCUCCAUAAACCCGUCACUCACUCUGCCCAACAACAACUAUUCCAACUUCCCUACAGACACAAGCACAAGUGCUCUGCAGGACCAUGACCAGACAGAUACAAUGCUGCCUUGUGAGUUUUGUGAGGAGCUUUUUCCUGAAGAGGACCUGAUUUUGCAUCAGACGGGAUGCAGCCCCGCCUCAGCCUUUGCAUCUUUCAGUAAGCAUCCCGUGUCUCCACCAAAGGACAGGAUGAGCAGAAAUGCUGCAGGGCUGAUGCACAGCAUUCCCGACACACUUGCCUCAAACAUCCCCACUUUCCCUCGCUCAGUCUCUCCGGCCUCCUACAGUCCUCCUGCCAGUCCUCUAGAGGGCGAUGUUGUCAUUCCGUGUGAAUUCUGUGGUGUUGCUCUGGAGGAGGCUGUUGUCUUCCACCAUCAGGACAAAUGUGAUAUGCGUCCUCAAGCUGCCCAUCCAUUGAACAAUAUUACAAAAGCGUCCCACAAAAAACCAUUGAGUCCUAAAGACACCUUCGGCCAAAUAUCUCCGGACUUUCAAAGGAGAAUACAACACCAAGCUGAAUUCCCAGAGGAGAACUUUGGAUUUGACAGAGACUCUUCAUCUGGACAAAACUUAAGGGAAUGGACGAGAGGCUACAUUGGACUGCCGAGUCAAAGAAACACGUCCAACUGUGAUUCUUCAAUAGGAGACAGACCUCAGCAAGGCAGGGGAGCAGAAGGAGCUCAGCCCUCUUUCUGUGACACAGAGAAGUCUGGAUCUGCAACUCUAAAGGGACUACAUCAACCAGAAAACAAAGAAGGGAGUAUAAGGAAUCCAGUGUCAAAGUUGCCCAAGAAGCAGAAUGAAGAGAAACAGGAAGAAUGAGAGAGUCUGGAGAAAUAGCAACCAAAAUCUCCUGCUCUGCUUCUCAUUUAUCUUUUUGCACACUUUUGAAAAUCAAACAUAUACCUAUCUUAUAAGUGCCUGUGUAUUGGUAUCUUGCAGUUUAUAUUUGGAUGAAUUUAAUUAUUGAAUUAUACAAUAAGCAAGAAACUUGAUUCAUUCAUGCAUAGUCAGCUCUAUUUGAAGGUUUGUUUCAGAUGAUUGUAUGUCUAACAUAUUAGCCUUAACAUAUAAAUUAUAAAAUGGGUUUUACUGAUGCUGAACUUGAUUAAUUUGAUUGUUUUUCUGUUAUAUUUCUUUCCCUGGUUCAUAUAGAACAGUGAAACUGCAAACACAGAAACAUGGAUGUCUUUUCUCGCAUUUGUCUAAUUUACUCUUUACCUUGUCAUUCCAGCUGAGGACAUUUUGUUGUUAUCCCUGUUGGAUCGUUCAGGUUCCUCUCCGGUGUUCCUGUUAGUUUCUGAAUCUUCCUGUAACCUAAAGCACUUUGAUAAAAUAAUUUUGUUAAAAAGGGCUUGAGGAACAGAUUUGAUAAACAUAUGCGUCUUUGACAAAGAAAAAAAAUAACUUUUAUGGGACAUUCGUUUUUUUAUACAGUUAAACGUUUGUCAUUAAUACUCUUCAAUAAUACCUUGUUUUUAAUCAUAGCUUUAGAAAUAUAUGUAUGUUGUGAUGGCUUUUGAAGCAGUGUUUCCUGUCCAGUCUUCUUAUAUGUAGUGUAAAAAAUGUUGUAAGCUGCUCCAUAUAGAAUUUAAGAUUGAUCAAAUGUAUUUUGUAUGUAACAUAGAGUCCACUUUAGAAAUUCAUGAGAAGUAAGCAAUUUUUUUUUCACUGAAGGUUCAGAGUUUGCUAAGUUUUCUUUAGGUUAAGACAGCACCAGAGUAUUUUGAUAGUUUAAAUUUUAUGAGUAACCUCAUAAAAGUGAAGAACACAUAAGGAGUGAAAUCAGCUGGUAUGGUGUUUUGAGGCGCUCACGGCACACUGCCGACUAUUCCUGUAUGAGAACAACUGUCUUGAUUUUAUUUGUCUUGUGUUGGUAUUAAAUGUUUAAUGAGGACA